UUCAACAACAAUAUUUUAUAUUAUAUACCUUUUUCCAACUAACGAUAAAGUACCAACUAAGCUGUAUAUAAACCAUGAGAGAAACUCGCCACUCUCAUCACUCAACCUCUAAUAUUACAUUCCCCUUUUGCUCUCUCGUUCUCCUUUUAUUCCUAAAACCAUGUCAAAGUUUCAACGUUUUCUGUACAUUACCUUCAUUUUCUUUCUAUUGAAUUCAGGCCAUGCAUUGUGUCAUACCAAAGGAAUCAGAUUCAGAAGCUCUAAAGGGAAGCACAGCCAUAGGCAAUCAACUAUGACGGGAACCCAUGGCUCCGAGCAGCAAUUCAUGCAGUGGGUCAAAUUUGUUGGUAGUCUUAAUCACUCAGUUUUCAAGACAGCAAAGAACAAGCUUUUCCCUUCUUAUACUCUCACUGUGGACAAGAAUCCGGCCAAAGGAGACUUCACCACUAUCCAGGACGCCAUUGAUUCUCUUCCUUUAGUAAAUCUUGUGAGAGUGGUCAUCAAGGUCCAUGCAGGGGUUUACACAGAGAAGGUUAACAUUCCACCAUUUAAAUCUUUCAUAACCAUUGAAGGAUCAGGAGCAGAUGAAACAAUUGUCCAAUGGGGAGACACAGCUCAAACAGCUGGGCCAAGAGGACAACCUUUGGGAACCUAUGCUUCUGCAACUUUUGCUGUGAAUUCCCCUUAUUUUAUAGCCAAAAACAUAACAUUCAAGAACACUACACCAGUGCCACCACCAGGAGCAGUAGGGAAACAAGCAGUAGCAUUUAGGAUAUCUGCAGAUACAGCUACUUUCUUGGGCUGUAAAUUCCUGGGAGCACAAGACACCCUCUAUGAUCACUUGGGCAGACAUUACUAUAAAGAUUGUUACAUUGAAGGUUCAGUGGAUUUCAUCUUUGGCAAUGGUCUCUCCCUCUUUGAGGGGUGUCACGUGCAUGCAAUAGCGACGUUAACAGGGGCCGUAACAGCACAAGGAAGAGGGAGUAUGUUAGACGACACGGGGUUCUCUUUUGUGAACUGUAAGGUCACGGGGUCGGGGGCACUGUACCUAGGGAGGGCAUGGGGUCCCUUUUCCAGGGUGAUCUUUGCUUACACUUAUAUGGACAACAUUAUCAUUCCAAAGGGAUGGUACAACUGGGGCGACCCUAGCCGUGAAAUGACUGUGUUUUAUGGGCAGUACAAAUGCACUGGACCAGGGGCAAGCUUUGCAGGCAGGGUUUCAUGGUCAAGAGAACUUACAGAUGAAGAAGCCAAACCUUUUCUUUCUCUUAGUUUCAUUGAUGGCUCCGAAUGGAUCAAAUUGUAAUCAUCAAAGAAGCUUUUUGUACAAUCUAACCAACAAAAAUAAUACAUUUCUACAUGAAGGAAGAAUAAUAUAAUCAACGAUAAAAUCGAUAAUUAAAAUUUGGAA